GUCAAAAAAAAUUACUUAAAAAAUUUUUAGUAAAUCUGUAAUUUUAAAUUGUAGCCGCUGUACAUAAAAUGUCAACAGACAUUUUUAUAGUGACAGUUUGGUUCGUUUAUCCGCUAAACAGAACGUGAUUUGCUUUGUUUGGUAUCAGACAUAUUUUAGUUUUACCUCUUAUUGGUUGUGAAAUUCCCAUAGUAGUCAUGAGCGCUUUUACUUGUUUGCAUUGUGGUGCUAAAUUUGCUUCAGCAGAUUUACAACGCGACCAUUAUAAAACUGAUUGGCACCGAUAUAAUUUAAAAAGGCUUGUUGCGCAGUUGCCUCCGGUCACCGCUGAAGAGUUUCAAAAGCGUGUUUUAGACUUACGAAAUGCAAAAGCUGAAGCGGAGGAAGAACGUCAAACAAAUCUUUACUGUAAUGCGUGCCGCAAGCAAUUUACUAAUCAAAAUGCGCAUGAUAAUCAUUUAAACAGUAAAAAGCACAAGGAAGCGUUGGAACGUUACCAGAAGGAAAACCUGACUGAUGAAACAAACGUUACUGUUAGGACUGCGAUAACGCAACGACCUCACCCAGCAAUAGCAAAAGCUUUAGAACAAAAGGUUAAAUAUGAUACAGGCGAUGUGCAGAUGGAUGAUGAAGAUGAUGAUGAGUAUGAAGAUGUGGAAGAAGAGGAAAUUGACGAUGAAGAGUGGGAUGAAAUACCAGAAUGCCCAAUUACAAUUAAUGAUUGCUUAUUCUGCACUCAUACUAGUGAAAACGUUGUUGAAAAUUUGAAGCAUAUGUCUGUAACACAUUCUUUCUUUAUUCCCGACACUGAAUUCUGCAUUGAUAUGGAAGGCUUACUUCAAUACUUAGCUGAAAAAGUUGGCAAUUUCUUUGUUUGUCUUUGGUGUAACGAUAAAGGUAAAACAUUUUAUUCCCUUGAUGCUGUGCGAAAACAUAUGGUAGAUAAGGGGCAUUGUCAAAUGUUACACGAAGGCAUAGCUUUGGCUGAAUAUGCUGAUUACUAUGAUUACAGUUCUAGUUAUCCUGAUCAUGAAGAGGGUAUGGACAUUGAUGAAGAAGUUGUUCCAGAUUUACUUGACGGUGACGAAUAUCAAUUAGUCUUGCCAUCUGGCGCAGUGAUUGGCCAUCGAUCUCUACUUCGCUACUAUAAACAACGUUUAAAUCCUAAUCGAGCUCUAGUACCGAAAAAAAGUGAUCGUAAACUCCAUAAAGUACUAAGUGAAUAUCGCGCACUAGGAUGGUCAUCGACGCAACAACAAGCAGCGGCACGCAAAGCACGUGACAUACAUCUGAUGAAACGUGUACAAGCAAAGUGGCAAAUGAAAUUAGGCUGCAGAGCCAACAAAUUACAGAAGCAUUAUCGACCACAAGUUCUAUUCUAAGCCAUUUUUUCUUUUAAUAUAUAUAUACCGGGUUUUAUAAAAUAAACGCUUAUUAACUGAAA